GGGGAGAUAAUAUACAUCUACUAUCGAAACUUUAGGACGGGUUAUAUAAGAGGCUUAAGCAGUAGUCACACUUCUCCCUUCUUCCUUACUAUCUCUCCAAAUAAAAAAAUAGUUUACGAGUUAAUACCAUGGGACACUAAUCCGAAAAUUUCGUGUAUGAUACUGGUAAGUACUCAUCAAUGUAAGAAUAGGUUAGGGUGUUAUUCUUGAGAGGGAAAAUUACAUCUAUAUCAUGUUGUGGGGAUCAAAGCAAAGUGAGAACAUUUCUAGAUUAUAGGUACCCCAAGUCGGUAUCGAAUUAAUUUUCUCAGAGAAUUUUUUUUUUUAACAAUGCAUUCUCCAAAUAUGUAUGUCAUUUUGUAUGCAUUGAAGGACCAGUAAGAAGAAAAAAUGCAUCUAUGUACAUUGAUCGAUGGAUUUCAAGAUGAAAAAAAAACCAAAUACAGGGUGGCUCGCCUUAUUUUAGAUUUUAUUUUUAUCUUUUUCAACAUUCCUCGGUAGUUACAUACUUUGAAGUGAACUGCCAAAUUGAAGUUUAGAGAUUUCACUAUUUCGUUCCUAACUGUUGCAAAACACGAUGAUUUCGUACAGCAGCUAUCAGAUUUAACAUAGCUUAACUUUAAUUCUUAUUUUUGGUUCUAACUGAUACCCGAGUUCGCCCAAAAUGCAGUUCCUACAAUGUUGAUACAGACAAAAUGUCAAGUAUUUCAUUGCUUCAUUAAAGGAAAAUAUAAGGGCCAUUUUUUUGAGAGCUGUAGGGUCAUAACAAUUUCAGACUAGUUAUAUCGAAUUUUUUUACGGUUCACCCUCAGUACUCUUGUAGCUGGCAAAGGAUGUCCCAAGAUUGUUUUAUUUUCCUCAAUACUAAGAGUAUAGUUCAUUCAAAAUCAAUUUUAUUAAGGUGAAACAGUUUUGGUCGAACAGAGAAGAGAGCAUACUGAUUGUCAAAGAAUUUUAUAAAAGACCCAAACAUAAAAAUGAUUGUACUGGAAGGUUCAUUUUGAGCCUCAACCCUAUUAUCAAGAUACUCAGAUAGUUAGAGGUAGACUGCUUUAUUUUACGCCCUUGCGUAAUCUUUGAAUACUAGAGAUUCUUUAAAUUCGGACUGUUUUUUUUUAAUCUAGAUCAAUAGCACAACUCCAUUUAAUGGAUCUAUUUACCUAUCGUCUUAGUGCAAGUGCUUGUUAUGUGGCAAUUUGUGAUCGAUGAAUUAAUGAUGUAUCAAUCACUAUCAACCAUAAACAGAAAACAAUGCUAAACAUAAUGAGAGAAGUAUAAACGGUUCCAGACAUAAAUGUUGAAACUAGUAGCUGUUCCAGUUUAAAUUUCAGUAUAGGUUAAAUAUAUUAAUGAUCAUAUUCAUUCUAAGUAAAGUAUAGCUUGAAGUAUUGAAAAGAUAUUUGUCUCACUACAUUGUAACAUAAAGGGCGGUACAGAAAAAGCGCUGAGCUUUAAAAAAUAUGUCAAUACCACCGUUUUUACGAAUGGAGAGUUCCAGAAUAUAUAUAGUUUAUGAGUAAAAUCAUUUUUCGAGAUAAUUUCAUUAAGAACCAGUUUUUUCAAAAAAUAUAAUUAAUUAUGAAUCUAUCAUAAAAAAGAAAAGCCAGUACAUUCUCUACUUAAAACUGAAAAGGACAGAUGGUAUCAAACGACUGCCGGGACAACAGAAUCACUUAAUCGCCAAUAUUACGGAGCGACUAUUUGGCGAAGAGGAAGGAGCCGUUUUGCUGGCAAACUAGUCUAAUUAACCCGUACACCCACACUACAUUUAUUGGGGAUGAGAGAAAUUACAACUUGCACCAUCUUAAAAGUUACAUUAACGAAUAUAUUAUUGGUCAACAAGCUGAGUGAUAUCGAAAGAGACGGUAAGUAUGGAAUCAUUUCCUUAAAAUUUGAGAAACAAAAAGAAUAUAGUGAUUUGUGGUACUUGAGACAAUCACCUAAUGCUGUCGACGAGCCUCAUUUUUUUUGUAAUUUAUACUAUGAUACCUCCGUUGUUUAGAAUAAGUGAAUCUUUGGGAGUAAAGUGGCUUAAGUUGUUAAUGGGUGCUUUAGAUUCAUUCUAUUCUUUUUGGUAGGUUAGAUUAAUUAAUUCAAUGUAGCUUGGAGAC